AAGAUGCAUAUAGCCACGAAUGUCUUCAGUGGACUCCAUGGAUUAAUGCCGACCAAAAUACAACUGACGGUGGCGAUUACGAGCUGAUCGGCUUCAAUCUGGACGUGGAGGGGGGCCGGCCGGGCCGGGUGACCCGUGAGCUGGCGCGGAGGGGCAUCGUCUGCAAUAACCCCGUGCAGGUGGAGUGUCGGGAGGCAUCUAGCCACCACCGUCGAUGGUUUGACACCGGGGAUGCCUCUAAGUCACCAAGGUAUGCCCGCUGCUCUCUCUCCGAAGGCAUGGUGUGUCAGAACAAGUACCUAACCAACGGCAAAUGUCACGACUAUGAGAUCCGUCUACUCUGCUGGACGGACGAGUGUUCUCAACUCAAGUGGAGCGGGUGGAGCGACAUAGAUAAUCCCAGCGGUAACUGCGACUGCGAGAUGAGAACUAACACGCGACCCGGCUGUCCUGACGGCCGCACUCCGCUGGAUAUCGACUGUCGCACCGUCCGCGGGGACCACGCGGCGCUCACCAAGGACCUCAAAGUGGUGUGCAAUGUCAAUGACGGCAUGCACUGCUUCAAUAAAAAUCAGCCUGGAUACGUUAAGAACUCCUGGAGGUCACUAUGUCUCGAUUACAAAGUUCGUUAUUUGUGUGGAAAUCCGUAUGUGAAGCCUUUACCGCCUCCAACGACUCCGAUCGAUCCAACCAAAACCUACCCCGUAAAUAUAUCGUUCCCUAUCACCUGUCCACCCCACUGCUGGGGUGGCUAGAAUAAUGGUGGGUAGAGGCUACUCAUCGGCCCCGAAUACAUGAGCAAGUAAAUAAAUACGUAUCAGGAUA